AUGCCACAAGCGGCAAACAAGAUAUGCACUGUUUAUGGUGCUGUAGCUGAAAGAACUGUGCGGAAGUGGUUUGCUAGAUUUAAAGCUGGUGAUUUCAACCUUGAAGAUCAAGAACGUCCGGGGGAACGGCACAAUUCGCCGAAAUCGAUGGCAUUUGACGCAUCAUAUAAGGACAAAGAGGAGUUAGUCCUAAGAGAUGAGUCAGUGUAUCUAGAAGAAGACGUAGAGCACGCGAAUAGAGAGCGUCUACAAGGAGAGCAAAUGGAAAGAGUGGAUCAGAACGUAAAAGAAAUAGUGAUAAUAUCGAGACAGAUAAGUUAG